AUGACUCUUGUGGCAUCCGACAUUCCUCACAGACGAUACAACCCGCUGCGACAAUCAUGGGUGCUGGUGUCACCUCAUCGAGCUAAGCGACCUUGGCAGGGACAGCAAGAAGAGCCCACCAAGGACACGAAGCCCGAGUACGACGACAAGUGCUAUCUGUGUCCUCGAAAUGCUCGAAUCAACGGGGAGAUGAACCCGGACUACAAGGACACUUUCGUGUUUGAGAACGACUUCAGUGCUGUUUUUGAGAAAACUGCGGAAGUGGAGAAGGUCGUUGAGGAGGCCCAAAAGGAGCACACAGAGUCUACUGCUCUCGACCUGGACCUUCUGCGAAAAGAAGAUGUGUUCGGAUACUGUCAGGUUAUUUGCUUUUCGCCCAAACACAAUGUGACUCUUGCUACAAUGACUGUUGAGCAGAUCGAAAAGGUGAUUGAGACCUGGCAGAAAAUGUACACAGAGGCUCAGAGUCGAGGAAUCAAGUACUCGCUGAUUUUUGAAAACAAGGGAGCUACCAUGGGCUGCUCCAACCCUCAUGCCCAUGGCCAGGUCUGGAACACCAGUAUUGUUCCUGAAGAGCCCCAGAUGGAGUUUGAUUCAUUGAAGAAAUACAAGGACGAAAAGAACCGUGAUCUUCUGGUCGAUUACGUCAACUUGGAAAUGUCCAAAAACGAACGAAUCGUCUACCAGAAUGCCUCGUUUCUCGUGGUGGUUCCUUACUGGGCCGUCUGGCCUUUUGAGACCAUGAUUGUGUCCAAGGAACGGGUUUCUUCCAUCAAAAAGCUGACCAAGGAACAAGUCCAGCAUCUUGCCGACGCCAUCUCGGUGAUCACAAAAAAGUACGACAAGCUCUUCAACACCUCUUUCCCCUACUCAAUGGGUAUUCAUCAAUCAUUUGUGGACGUUGAGAACUGUCCCUACGAGCAUCUUCGGCUCCUGUUCUACCCUCCUCUUCUGCGAUCUGCCUCCGUCAAGAAGUUCCAGGUCGGAUUCGAGAUGCUGGGAAUGCCGCAGCGAGACAUUACUGCCGAAGGGGCUGCCAAGCGGUUGUAUGAUUUGUAA